CGGGACAUUUGAACUGAUUUGCAUAUUUAGCGCCAGCGUCGGAGAUCGGAGAGAAGCCGCCAAAGGAGACCUCGGACAGAAAACUCUUCGUACUGAAAUUACUACAGAGGAUCCAUAAAUAGAUACAGUAAUUGAAAUUGACACAGUGAAAAAUCUUAUUUCAGAUGGUACAUUGAAUGUGCCUAAGACUCUUCGUUUUUGGUCUACAAACAGGGAAAUUGUUCUUUGCUACUAGUAAGAACAAAUCUUUAAACAGAGCUUCAAUCUCAACCAUUCUUUACUCUAGGAAAAGUUCUUUUGUUCCCGGAAAGAAACUCAUUGCAAUAACAUUAAGAAACAUGUCAUCUGGUGAUAAGAGGAAGAGUUCAGGCUCAGGGGACAGCCCUGCCAAAAAAGCCAAAGUUGAAACUGGAAGAAGCUCACCACAAGAUGGAAGCUGGUAGUGAAGACUUCCUGGACCAGAUAGCCGAGAGGAGGCAGAAUGUGUGUGAGUCGGUCGCUGGGUUCAAGUUCAACAAGAAGAGAUGUCGUCAGAUGUCUGAUGUGGGAGACCUGAAGCAGAACUGUGGAGGGAUCAUGUACUGGAUGUCCCGGGACCAGAGGGUGCAAGAUAACUGGGCGCUGCUGUUUGCCCAGCGACUGGCCAUGAAACACAAGGUCCCCCUGUACGUGUGCUUCUGUCUAGUGCCAAAGUUCCUGGAUGCAAACAUCCGACAUUACGGAUUCAUGCUCAAGGGGCUGGAGGAGGUGGAGAAGGAGCUGACAGACCUUGAUGUGAGUUUCCAUCUCCUGACUGGCUAUGCUGUGGAUGUCCUGCCAGGGUUUGUGGACGAGAAGAACAUCGGAGGGGUGGUGACGGACUUCUCCCCCCUCAGGACCCCCCUGAAGUGGGUUCACGACCUGGCAGGUAAACUGCCGAGUGAUGUUCCAUUUGUCCAGGUGGAUGCCCACAACAUUGUUCCAUGCUGGGAGGCGUCCCCUAAGCAGGAGUACGGAGCGCGCACCAUCCGCGGGAAGAUUCACAACCAGCUGUCGUCCUACCUCACAGAGUUCCCUCCCGUGUCUCAGCACCCACAUCCUCCUAAGGACAAACCUGAGCCCACAGACUGGGCUGCAGCCAGGGCCAGUCUGAAGGUGGACAUGACUGUUGCCGAGGUAACCUGGGCCACACCCGGCACCACGGGGGGUCUGCGUAUGCUGGAGUCCUUCUGUAAGCAGAGACUGAAGAACUUUGGCACAGACAGGAACAACCCCAACAAACGGGCACUCAGUAAUCUGUCACCAUGGAUACACUUUGGUCAGAUCUCUGUACAGAGAUGCAUCCUGACAGUGAAGAAGUACAGGAGUAAGUACAAGGAGUCAGUGGAUGCCUACAUCGAGGAAGCCAUCAUCAGAAGGGAGCUUUCUGACAACUUCUGCUUCUACAACCAUGACAAAUAUGACUCCAUCAAAGGUGCUUCUGCCUGGGCUCAGAAGACCCUGAAGGACCACGCAGGUGACAAGCGGGAGUACCUGUACAGCCGCGAGCAGCUGGAACAGGCUAAGACACACGACGACCUGUGGAAUGCUGCUCAGAUCCAGUUGAACAAGGAGGGGAAGAUGCACGGUUUCCUGCGCAUGUACUGGGCUAAGAAAAUCCUGGAGUGGACUGAGUCCCCUCAGGUUGCGCUGAAGGAGGCCCUGUACCUUAACGACAAGUACAGUCUGGAUGGGAGGGACCCUAACGGAUAUGUGGGUUGCAUGUGGUCCAUCUGUGGGAUCCAUGACCAGGGCUGGGCAGAGCGGCCCGUCUUCGGCAAGAUUCGCUUCAUGAACUACAAUGGCUGCAAGCGCAAGUUCGACGUGGCCCAGUUUGUCACCAAGUACAAGGCCAAGGGAUAUCUAAAGAAGUAAUGACAGAACUUGACUGUUGUUUGAGAUGAUGAGUGGGGUUUGUGUAGGAACCACCUGUAAAUAUUUGUAGGGUAGUUGUUAAUGUUUUUGGAUUUUAACCAUUUUAAGGAAGGCAGAAAAUGCGCACAAAAGAAGGAUGCUACUGGCAAUGCGGCAGUAUUUGAGAAAAUAACUUUGACCAAGUUAGUAGUAGUGUUAGAGAGCUUUUGGUUAUUUUUGCUCAUUAGGUGUUGACCAUUGACCACUCAAGUUAGAUGCUAGUCGUUUAUUUAAACGACUUUGUAAUGAAAUACGCACAAAGGUACCAGUCCUAUAGUCACAAAUAUGAUACACAUUCAUGUAUCUCUUGUGUACAUGCAUAAUACAUAUUACGCACAAGAUAAGAAUGGUUUUAGCUUAAAUAUAAGAAUGGUUUUAACUUAAACCAUUGGACCAAGUUUACAUGAAACAAGCACAAAGGUAAAGUAGUGGUUGUGAUUUUUAAAACCUUGACAUGUCCAUAGAUGCAGUGUUUAACAGUGUAUAUUACUCAGGUCACAUGUUGUAAUGUAACUUUGUAGAUUUAGAAAACUCUAUUGAAGCUAACAUAAAAAAGACUUAAUAUUCUCUUCCUUGUUGUAAUGUAGAAUGUUAGCUGUAACUUUUUUAACUACCCAUAGCAACGUAUACCUCAUCGGAAAAAGACUUUCUCACACUACAAUAUUAUCACACUACAACCUUAUUUCUUGAAACAUUUAAGAAUACAUUCAAAUGUUCUGCAAUUUUUGCAUAGCUUUAGUGAGGCAACAGUGGUAUUGGUAGAUACACUAUCAUUGAAUACAUUAAGUGUGCUGUCUGUACAGUUGAUAUGUACUGAGAACUAUAUAAAAUAGUCACAGCAACUUGAAGGCAGCUUAAAAAGUUUUUUUUUCACUUAAUGGAUAUAAGGGAAUGAAAUGUUCUUUAUAUGAGUUAUUCAUUAGGCAGCUUAUGUUUCAUAUGUUUUGGUUUUGUCUUGUUAUCUUUAUCUUUUAGUAAAAGGUUGGAUAGAGA